AUGGCCUCCGCGAUCUUCUUCCUCGACCUAAAGGGCAAGACCCUUCUGGCCCGCAAUUACCGGGGAGAUAUCCCCAUGUCUGCCGUUGAAAAAUUCCCAGUUCUUUUAAGCGAAGCUGAAGAAGAGAGCUCGGCCGUUCCUCCUUGCUUUUCCUCUGAAGGAAUUAAUUAUCUUUAUAUUCGCCAUAGCAAUCUUUACCUUCUAGCUCUGACGAAACGGAAUACUAAUGCCGCCGAAAUCCUUCUUUUCCUUCAUAAAAUUGUCGAGGUGUUCACUGAAUACUUCAAGGAGUUGGAGGAGGAGAGUAUCCGCGACAACUUCGUUAUUAUUUAUGAAUUACUUGACGAAAUGAUGGAUUUUGGUUACCCGCAAACGACAGAGAGCAAAAUAUUACAGGAGUAUAUCACGCAAGAAUCACACAAAUUGGAAAUACAGGCUCGUCCUCCGAUUGCCGUCACAAACGCCGUAUCUUGGAGAAGCGAAGGUAUUCGAUACCGAAAGAACGAGGUUUUCCUGGACGUGAUAGAAUCACUAAACCUACUCGUUUCUGCGAAUGGAAAUGUUUUGCGUUCGGAGAUUCUCGGAGCUAUUAAGAUGAAGUGUUAUCUCAGUGGCAUGCCGGAACUACGAUUGGGCUUGAACGACAAGGUCAUGUUUGAAACGACGGGGCGGGCGACGAGAGGUAAAGCUGUGGAGAUGGAAGACGUUAAAUUCCACCAGUGCGUCCGAUUAUCGCGUUUCGAAAACGACCGAACUAUCAGCUUUAUUCCGCCUGAUGGAGAGUUUGAGCUAAUGAGCUACCGCCUGAAUACCCAAGUCAAACCACUUAUAUGGGUAGAAUGUCUUGUGGAGUCGCACUCCGGGUCCCGGAUUGAGUACAUGUUAAAAGCAAAAGCACAAUUUAAGCGUCGCAGCACAGCAAAUAAUGUGGAAAUUUUAGUCCCUGUGCCAGAAGAUGCUGAUUCACCUCGAUUUAGAACAAACAUUGGAACCGUUCAUUAUGCUCCUGAGAAAUCCGCAAUAAUAUGGAAGAUUAAACAAUUUGGAGGUGGGAAGGAAUUCCUCAUGCGCGCUGAACUAGGGCUGCCGUCCGUUAAGGGCGAUGAUGAGCAUGGUGGUGGUAUGACGGGUGGCUUUGGAGGGAGCAUGGGUGGUGCUGGGCAGACAGCAAAGGGCAAGAGACCCAUCAAUGUCAAAUUUGAGAUCCCGUAUUUUACAACCAGCGGCAUCCAAGUCCGCUAUUUGAAAAUCAUUGAACCAAAGCUCCAAUAUCCGUCUCUGCCCUGGGUCCGCUACAUAACUCAGUCUGGUGACAUUGCUGUCCGUUUACCCGACGUGCAAUAA